UUUUAACUGAACUAAUGCAGCUAGCUAAAAAAAAAUAGACGUUUUGAUUGUGCAUGCUGUUGUGUAUUUCUUAACUCUUAACUCUGUGUUUACUGAUGAACACCUGAAACAUUUUUGAAGCGAAAACUACGAUCAGAAUGGAUUCUUAUAUAUUGCAGAUUCGGCGAAUGUGGCUUAAUCAGGAUGGAGAAGCGUUGGCAGAUCUCUUGUCUCUGAGGCACAGUCACGUUUUGAUAUCUCAAAUUGGAUCGGAUAUUGCUAUCAAUAAGGCUAUGGAACACCUGUCUGCGCCGUUGGAUGACUUGGUGCUUUGUCACUUAAAAGCUGUAUCAGCUAUGAACAAGAAUGACUUUUCAUUAAUGUAUAAUUAUCAAAGUUCAGCUGUGCAAUGUCUAGCAAAGAUUCUUCAAAUGCAAAAGGAAGAGAAUUGGAUGCUGCCUGUAAUGAAUAUAAUGUGUUUAGAGCUAAGAUUGUCCGCAAUAGGCGCGGAAAAUGCAAAGAAUAAUAAAAACAUAAAGUCUGGAGAAGUACUUGAGAAAUGCGCUGAGUGUUUGAUGGCUUGUUUUCGAGUUUGCGCAGCUGACAGUAGAAGUUCUGAGGAAGAUACAAAACGAUGGGGAAUGUUAGCUUUGAUCAAUCAAUUGCUGAAAGUGUAUUUUAGAAUUAACAAGUUGCAUUUAUGUAAACCUUUGAUCAGAGCUAUAGAAUCUUCCCCUUACAAGGAUCAUUUUGCAUUGGCACAACAAAUUACUUACAAGUUUUUUGUUGGCCGUAAAGCAAUGUUUGACAGUGAUUAUAAAAUGGCUGAUGAAUACCUGACAUAUGCUUUUGAGCAUUGUCAUACGCAGUGCUCCAAAAAUAAAAGGUUGAUUCUGACUUAUCUCGUACCUGUGAAAAUGUUGUUGGGAUAUAUGCCAAAGCAAAGUCUUCUGAAGAAAUACAAUUUAAUGGAAUUCUGGGAGCUAAUAGAAUCUGUGAGAAAAGGAGAUUUGCGUUCCUUAGAAGGAGUAAUGACAAAACAUGAAACUUUCUUCAUUGACGCCGGCAUAUAUUUAAUUGUGGAGAAACUUAAAUUGAUCGCUUAUAGAAAUUUAUUUAAGAAAGUGUACUUGGCGCUAAACACUCAUCAGAUACCUGUUCUAAGUCUGCUUGUUGCAUUGCAAAUGUACGGAAUGGAGGAUAUAGAUAUGGAUGAAACUGAGUGCCUUCUCGCCAAUUUAAUAUAUGAAGGUAAAAUUAAGGGCUACAUAUCUUAUCAACAUAAAAAAUUAGUUAUAUCCAAACAAAAUCCUUUUCCCCGAUUAUCUACGAUUGUAUUAUAAAUUAUCGUUAUUAUGUUCCAAACUAUACUGGUAUUCUUUUUUGCAAUAAAUUAUUUU